CACCACGACCAGAGCAAGGGCAACGCGGGGAGGCCAGGAGAAGCGCAGCAAUGUCGGCGGCGGCGGGGGACGAGGAGCUGGAGUCGCUGCUCCGGAACUUCCACCGCUUCUCCCAGGGGUAUAAAGAUGCAAUAAUGGAGGCCCAGGCUUUAAGAGUGAAUUACAGUUCUGAAUCCAAGAAGCGUGAAGCCCUUGAGUCGCAUAUUGCAGAUCUCAAGAGAGAUAAUGAGCGAUUAAGAAAGCUGUACACUGAAACUUUAUUCAAGUUCACCAACCAGGUGAAAUAUCACACAGAAUGUCAAAAUCUGAAGGAAGAAUUAGGAAAAGCAAAUGGCAGAUUGCUAUCCAUGGAAGAGGAGUAUAAGAGGGAAAUCGAACAACUUAAGCAUGACAGUGAAACGAACUGCAAUGCCCUGGAGAGCAAGCUCAGCUGCGCCCUUGCUCAGCGAGCCACCGACGAAGCCACGAUAGGACAGCUCAAGUCGGACCUGGGAGCUCAUAAGGCUCACAUCGACAUGUUAGGUGGCAGGUUGGAGCAGGUCACUGCUGAAGUGCACAUGCAGUAUAAAAACGAUAUCCAGGACUUGAACGACGUGAUCAUGGUCGAGCAGGAGGAGAAAAACGACGUGCAGAGGAAGCUUAAGAGCGCGGAGAAUGAGCUGAGGAUUAUGAAGAUGAAGCAGGCGGAGCAGCAGAGGGACUCGGUGUCGGUCCAGCACGUGGAGGCUCUGAAGCAGAAGGUGAUGAAGCUCCGCAAGGAGAACGAGUCCCUGAAGCGGAGGCUCGACUGCUCGUGA